AUGGCACAUCCUCAUCAGUACCACUACGACCCGUCUCACGAAUAUGACCUUCCUCAAGAGGAGAAUAUGGGGUCAGUUCCACCAUAUCCCUACCACCUCAUGACCCCGCCGCCGCCGCCGCCACCACAAUUCCCGUCGCAAUUCUCUCCACCUCUACUUCUACCACCACAGCUGCUAGCUUCAUACGUGCCGCCACAAGUACCGGUUCAAUCUCAGGUGAUGACACAGCAAUACUCGCCGUUUCUCGUAGAUGAGGAGACAUACAACUUUGGGCAGUAUGACUAUGUUCCAUCCCAGGCAAUGACGCAACCCCCCGACAUGGAGGAAUUUCUCCUGGCCCCACCUCCGAACCCAGAACCAGACACGCAUGAAGUGACUGGUACUUCGAUCAUCGCGCCGGGCACAAUUGCAGACAGUAAUGGACGUCUUUACCAAGGAUAUCGAGAGGGGCGUUACUUCUUACCGAACGACCCCGGGACUGGCAUUUGGGCCUCAGAAUUCGCGGAGCAACAUCCAGAGAGUCACGUAAUUGGUAGUGACUUGACGUUGAUCCAGCCGGAGGCCAGAGUUCCUAACUUAAGCUUUGUCCAAGAGGAUUCGGAGGAGUUAUGGGUCCACAGCCAACUCUUUGAUUAUAUCCACCUUCGGUAUGUCUACACGUGCUUCGAUGACCCCCGGACUGUUAUUAGAUCGGCAUUCGAGAAUCUCAACCCGGGUGGAUGGAUCGAGUUCCAAGACUCGGCAAUGGAGCUUCAUUCUGCGAAAGGUGCCGCCUAUAUAGCUGACAACCCUUUAAAACGGCUUAUGGAUCUCGCGGUUGAAGGCGCGGCUAGACAGGGCCGAGACAUUCGCGUCUCGAGGCAUUUUAAGCGAUGGUUGGAAGAAGCUGGCUUCGUUGAUGUCGUCGAGAAGAAACUAGCAAUCCCCGCCAAGGAGUGGCAUCCAAGCCCGAAGUUAAAGAAGGCUGGCAAGUAUUUCAGCAGGAUGAUGAUGGAUAGCCUUCGGGGGAUCGCGUACAAGAUGAUUCAAGGCAACGGGCUUACCGGAGACGAGAUCGACGAGGUGGUGACGCAGGGCAAGACACAGGUCCGCAACUUGGACAUGCAAGGAUUCUUUCCUUUGUAA